AAGAAUCUAUAAAAAAAACUGAGAAUUUAUUUAUUUUUUAAAUUAUUUAUUUGUUAGUAAUAAGACUGUUUUUAAUAAAAAUAUGUAUAUUGAAAAAUAGAUAGUAAAAUUACACACAGUUAUAAAACUUCUAUUUGUACGAUUAUUAUCAUUUUUACAUGUCGUUAAAUUUUUUAGUUAGGUUUAAAGAUUCUAAAUAGUAAUUUAAUAGUUAAAAUAAAAAACGGAAAUGUUUUCUAAAGAUGGACAUAUAUUUAAAAUUAAAACAUUAGUUACGUGCGAAAAAAGUUUUUGUAUAUUUCAAAACGCGGGCAAUGCAAUCACCCGCGCUUUUUUUUAAAAAAAUUGUUUAUUUAUGUAGUUAAAAUGUAAUAAAAUAGCAUGUAAUGCUUAAUUGUAAUGGCUGUAACAAAAAUAUGGUGCUCUAUUUCAUAGUUACUCCCAUUUUUAUAGAUUUCUUGUAACUUUAUGCUUGGAAUGUUUAAGAAAUUAGAUACUAACAAAGAGGAUACAUAUGUUUUUAUUCAAGGAUAGGGUAUUCAAAUUAAUGUAGGUAAUUAAGAGCUUUGAGCUACCAAAGAGGUAAAAAACAGAACACAAGCAAGGAAACCAGUUGAAUCCACGUCAAGAUAGUCAAUCUUGUCCGUUAAUCCUUCACACAAACGCUAGUAUCACCGUUGAAACACAAAGCUUCCACUAAGAAGAGACACUUGGCUAAUUUUACUGCAAAAGUUACUUGGAACCAACCAGUAAAUAUAUAUAGACAUGAGAUGAAAAGAAAGACACAACAAGAAGAAGAGAAGAACAAGCUUUGUGUUUUCCUCUUUUGAAUUUUCUUAUCCCGCCUUUAUCUGCAUUAUGAUCUUCAAGAUGAUGAGGAUGCUUGGUUUGGGAGGCUCUGGCUCGCCAAAACCGGUUCGGAUCGUUGUGGUUGGUGAGAAGGGAACUGGGAAAACAAGUUUGAUCAUCGCUGCAUUAAAUGAAUCUUCUCAACCUCAGCCAAACAUACCCCCUGUGUUACCUUACACCACUUUCCCUUCGGAAUGGUUCCGUGACCCUAUUCCUGCUACCAUCAUUGACACUUCUUCAAAGCCGGAAGAUAGAGAAAAGGUCGUUAAGGAAGUGAAAGAAGCAGAUGCAAUUGUUUUGACGUUUGUAGUCGAUAUACCAGAGACUUUGGACCGUUUAAGUGAAUAUUGGCUUCCUCUGUUUCGACAACUAGAGGUGAGAGUCCCUAUCAUAAUCGCAGGUUGUAGCGUUACCAAUAGAGAGUAUCAUAAUCAAAGCGGCAUGGAAAUAAUAACAACAUCUAUAAGGGAACAAUAUCCAGAGAUCGAGACAUGUUUCGACUGGUCUGCUCAUCAUAUUGCUCGAAAAGUGUUUUGGUAUGCGCAACAUGCUGUUACUAACCCUGUCGGACCAAUAUAUGAUAAAGAAACCGGUUCAUUGAAGCCUCGUUGUGUUGCUGCAUUAACUCGUGUAUAUGUACUCUCUACACGUGACACUGAUUUCAUUCUCAAUGAAGCCGGGUUAAACAAUAUUCAGGCUCAAUGCUGCUAUGAACCACUGACACCUUCUCAAAGUAGAGGACUAAUAGACUUUGUGCAAGAACGGUCUCCACUAGGAGUUGAUGAAAACGGAAUCACAAUAGAAGGUUUCUUGUUUAUGAACAAAUACCUUGUGGAACAAGGAAGGAUCAGAAGGGUAUGGAAUAUACUCAGAAAAUUCGGGUAUAACAAUGAGUUAAGACUCGCAGAUGAUAUGAUUCCAUAUUCAUCAUUCAAACGCAUGUCUGAUCAGAGUGUUGAGCUGUCUGAUGAAGCUAUUGGUUUCUUAAGGGGAGUCUAUAAGAAUUUGGAUGAACACAGUGGUAAUAACUUGGGACCUCAAAUGAUUGGAUUUGUCUUUCAAAUUUCACCUGAAAAUCCAUGGAGCAUAGCUCCUUAUAAAGAUGCGUCAGAGAAAACUGAUGAUGGAGGAUUGUCACUUGAAGCUUUCCUCUCACUGUGGAAUUUGCUGACACUAAUAGAUCCAGCUAGGAGUCUUGAAUGUUUGAUAUGUCUAUGUUAUCCAUCUUCAGCAGUUCGCAUUACUAGGAGAAGAGCAAUAGACCGCAAGGAGCAGAACUCUGACAGAAGAGUUUUUCAGUGUUUUGUCUUUGGCCCCAAGAAUGCUGGAAAAUCUGCAUUGCUCAAUCGAUUUAUCGGAAGGUCUGUCUGUUCUUUUAACUCAGUAUAUGUCAAAAUAUGUAUGUCUGAUUAUAUGAAUCUUAGGCCAUAUGAUGAUGACAACAACAAUGGAUCAAAUGAGGAACGUUAUGCUGUUAAUAUGGUUGACAACGAUGGUGUAACUGGAGAUGUAAAGAAAACUCUGGUGUUGAAGGAAGUUCAAAUGCAAGAAGAUGGAUUCUUACCAUCAAAUGAAGCGUUGGGAGCUUGUGAUGUAGCUAUCUUCCUUUACGAUUCUUCUGAUGAGUCUUCAUGGAAGAGAGCCAUUGAUCUGCUUGUUAAGGUUGCAACCACUAGUGAAGACGCUGGUCUAGAGUUUCCUUGCCUAAUGGUUGCAGCUAAAGCUGAUCUUGAUUCAUUCCCAGAAGCAAUUCAAGAAACCACUAGAGUAAUAGUUAUAUCAUGUUUCUUGAUUUCUAAUCAUCAAAAGGUUUUUGUAAUCAUAAACUUAAAUAAGUAUGAGUUCUUGCAGGCCACACGAGAUAUAGGGAUUGAAGCUCCAAUACCAAUCAGUUCCAAACUGGGAGAUUUGGAUAACUUGUUUCAAAAGAUAUCAACCGCGGCUGAGCAUCCUCAUUUAGGUAUCCCAAAGAUUAAGUCGAAGAAGAAAAGGAGUCGCAAGCUAAUGAAAAGAUCUCUAAUGGUGGUUUCAAGUAUGUUUUUUUUGGUCAUAUGCCUAUGUAUCUUCAUCAUAGUAUUUGUGGAUUCCUAACAUGGUUUUUUUAACAGUUGGGACAGGGGCUGUGAUCGUUGGGCUGGUGUCACUCCGUCUGUAUGCCGCAAGAAAGCAGAGAUAAUCUUGUAGCUGAAGAAAGAUAAAAAAAAAAACCUGAAAAUUUGAAUAAAUAUAUUGUGGUUUAAGUUUAGUUGUUCAUGGAUGCCUUGUUUAACAAGUAAAGAACUGUUAUCUAUAGAUUUUACUUCUUCUAAAAUGUGCUAACUUCACCAACUCUAACAAGAAACUAAUUGGUAUUGGAGCUUCUUUUGAUGAUUUUUUUUAUCUUAAAUGAUUUACUAUUUGAUAUAUAUAUUUUUGACUAUCAAAAUUAUGUCGAACAAUUGUUAGUCUAUGUAUU